GCCAAUCAGAGGCCGCUUUCCUAGCUCAGUCACCAGUCUGUGGUUGAGGAAGGGUUUUGCUUUUCUAUGCUCUGUAUUGGGAAGGCAGAUAAAAUGCCAGGUCUGAACUGCCUCUGGGGAUAAGCUCACCCCGUGUGAUGUGAAUGAAUAGCAUCUUGCCUGGUAAAGCCACAGGAAUUGAUAAGGCAGGCGCAGUCCUUCACCCAGGCCUUUUCUAUCUUUUAGCUCUAGCUGUGGCUUCUGUGGCAGUUUUGUUUUUGCCUUGAAAGAGGUGCUCUGGAUUAGCAGACCUCCAUGUAUGACAAUUUGUACCUGCAUGGCAUUGAAGACUCGGAGGCUGACGAAUAAUGUGAUGUGUUACCCAAGAUGGUGUGAACAAAGCUUCAAGCCAAUGGAGAAGACUAGGCCUAAAUAGCUGACCUGGUGAAGUGACAAAUAAAGCCACACCUGGAGAGCCGCAUCCUCAGCAGUCUUUCUCAGUGCCAAUGCAUUUAUGGCUGGUUCCGCAGAUUCCUACACGAGCAGGCCCUCGGACUCCGAUGUCUCCUUGGAAGAGGACAGGGAAGCGAUCCGGCAGGAGAGAGAGCAGCAGGCGGCCAUCCAGCUGGAGAGAGCAAAGUCCAAGCCUGUAGCCUUUGCUGUGAAGACGAACGUGAGCUACUGUGGAGCCCUGGACGAGGAUGUGCCUGUCCCAAGCACGGCCAUCUCCUUCGAUGCCAAGGACUUUCUGCACAUUAAAGAGAAGUAUAACAAUGACUGGUGGAUAGGAAGGCUGGUGAAAGAGGGCUGUGAGAUUGGCUUCAUCCCAAGUCCACUCAGAUUGGAGAACAUCCGCAUUCAGCAAGAACAAAAAAGAGGACGUUUUCACGGAGGGAAGUCCAGUGGAAAUUCUUCUUCAAGUCUUGGAGAAAUGGUAUCAGGGACAUUUCGAGCAACACCCACAUCAGCAGCCAAACAGAAGCAAAAAGUGACGGAGCACAUUCCUCCCUACGAUGUUGUGCCAUCCAUGCGUCCGGUGGUGUUAGUGGGGCCGUCACUGAAGGGUUAUGAGGUAACAGACAUGAUGCAGAAAGCCCUCUUUGAUUUCCUGAAGCACAGGUUUGAUGGGAGAAUAUCAAUAACGAGAGUGACAGCUGACAUUUCUCUUGCUAAGAGGUCUGUCCUAAAUAAUCCCAGCAAGAGAGCAAUAAUUGAACGUUCGAACACUCGGUCCAGCCUAGCGGAAGUACAAAGUGAAAUUGAAAGAAUCUUUGAGUUGGCAAGAUCUUUGCAACUGGUUGUUCUUGAUGCAGACACCAUCAAUCACCCAGCACAACUUAUAAAGACGUCUUUAGCACCAAUUAUUGUUCAUGUAAAAGUCUCAUCUCCAAAGGUUUUACAGAGGUUGAUUAAAUCUAGAGGAAAGUCCCAAAGUAAACACUUAAAUGUGCAACUGGUGGCAGCUGAUAAACUUGCACAGUGCCCUCCAGAAAUGUUUGAUGUUAUACUGGAUGAAAACCAGCUGGAGGAUGCGUGUGAACACCUGGGCGAGUACCUGGAGGCAUACUGGCGUGCUACCCACACAACCAGUAGCACCCCUAUGACCCCGCUGCUUGGAAGGAAUUUGGGCUCCACAGCUCUCUCACCAUAUCCCACAGCAAUUUCUGGGUUACAGAGUCAGCGUGUGAGGCACAGCAACCAUUCCACAGAGAACUCUCCAAUUGAAAGACGAAGUCUAAUGACCUCUGAUGAAAAUUAUCACAACGAAAGGGCUCGGAAGAGCAGGAACCGCUUGUCUUCCAGUUCCCAGCAUAGCCGAGAUCAUUAUCCUCUUGUGGAAGAAGAUUACCCUGACUCAUACCAGGACAGUUACAAACCCCACAGGAACCGAGGAUCACCGGGGGGCUAUAGCCAUGACUCCCGACAUAGGCUUUGAGUCUGCAAGAAGCAAACAAACAAACAAAAAUUCAUCUGUUGACAAUUUGCCAUAGCACUGCUAGGAUAAACCAAUCAUCUUAACUUGGCAAGUACAGCACAGUAUUUACUGUGUUUAUGGGCUGCUGUCAUUUGAUGCUAAAUAAGGGGCAAAAAAAAAAAGAAAAGAAAAAAAAGUACAUCAUGCCCUUAAGUCUAGAUGGAUAUUAGAUGCCCAAUCAUAUAGAUAUUUUUAAGUGCAACAUUUACAUAACAGUACCUUUGUUUUCUUCAUUAGAUUUAGACACAUCAAUUUGUAAGUUAGGGUACUUAUCAAGGCACAUAUAAAAUAAUUUCCCAUGCUGGAAAUUCCAAAUGACCAGUUCCAGUUGGAACCAAUUUAUAAACCAAUUCCUGUUGGAAUUUGGGUGAAUCGACUAGAAAGUCUACUUGAGCAUGUGGCGAUCCAUUAAAAAAAUCUGAAAAAAUAACUGAUUAAUGAGGAUAUCAAAAUACCAAUAGAAGCCAAAACCAGCUAUGGUAUUUAUUUGCUGGAAGCUAAAUUUACACUUAAAGUUGGAAUGUAUACACAUUUUAAUAUAUGUUAAUGUUUCCAAAAUGGCUUUUCAAACUUACCAAAUGUAUUGAUAGUGCCAAAAGAAUCUCAAAUUAAUACAGAAAGUAUACAAUCUUCUCAUAUUUUAAUAUUUUUAUUUCUUUCCUGGCACAGCUGUUGUUUCAAAGUGUUUUGCUUUUCGUUUAGUCACUACUGUUAUUUCAUUUGAAGUUGGGAAAAAAAAUCUCAAAAUUUCUUUUGCAGUGAGAGAGAAAAGGGAAGCCCAAUCAUAGCAGGUUAUGUGAAAUGGAAAAUGGGUGUUUCCCCUUUAAUAAAUCUGAGCACAACUAUAUACAUCCUGAAUCUGAAGUCAGGGAGUAAGGAUGGGCACACAUCCUCCUGAGUGCAAAGCUAAACACCUCCAGGUGGGAAUUUUUCCAUCCACUUCACAAACACGGGUUCAGUAUUUCCCACUAGGCACAACUGAAUAUUUUUCAUUGCCUCACUCAACCUCUGUCUUUGAAUAUCUGAAUGCUCUAGCCCUUCACCAAAUUCUUUAUAAUUAUUCUAAGGAUGUUAGUUUUAUAUAGACACAUUCAAUUUUGAUAUUGAAAGAUGUGUUUGUACCAAACAAUUAAUUGAAAAUGUGAAAACAAGUGAUGAAUGUAAAAGCUUGCAAUGAAAAGAAACUCAUUCAGAACAUAUUUGUUCACUAAACUUAUAGUAUUUUUAUUGCAAAGGAUUAUAAAGAAUUUGGAGAUUGAGCUUCCUUAUUUCUAAUCAACAUUCCUCUUCACAUAUUAAGUCUUCACAGUUUUUCCAGUGGCUAUAAUUUUGGAAUUGGUGACCUUCUAUCUUAUAUUUUUAAGGAAGACUUAGAUUCACUAUGAUCCAAGAAAUUGUUGAAAUUGACCAUUUUAUACAAUACACAAAUGUCUUUAGGAAAAGGCUCUUGUUUCUAAAAGUCUACAAUGCAUGCAUUUUUCUAAAGCCCCAGUUGGACCAUGCAUAAAAAUCCUUUUGUACUGGUACAUGUCAUAAAACCUAUUUUUUGGAAACAAUAAUAAUUCAUUUUCUAUUAUCUUUUUCCCUCCACCAAGCCUUUCAAUAUUUAGGCUCUCGAAGCAUGCACCAGUUAAAUAAAUUUCCUGGCCAUGAAAAUAAGUUUCAUAUUCUUGAUUAAUUAAUUAUACAUAUGUUAAACCCCAUUAUGACUUCCCACAUUCCCUCCCCUCAUGUUCACUGUGCAUAUUCCAUUAUGUUUAGCUGAUAAUGAGGAUGCCUAUAAUUAUGUAAGUUAUCUCAAAUAUUUGAUACAACUAAAAAUAUGGGCUCAGUAAAUUCUAAAAGUUAAUAUGUGUUACUGGCUUAUGAAGUUCUUUUGUCAUCUAGUGAAGCUUACAGAACUUUCAGUUAAGACAUUUAAAAGAGCUGUAUUCAUUAUGCACUUUAAUAAACAUAUAACCUGCCAUUACUGAAUACUUUGUUAGAGCACAGAAGAGCAUUUUCCAGUAAGCAAAAAUAUACUUAUUACAUGUACAGCACAUACUUGCAUGAGAAAGAAAACAUUAGCCAAAACAUUUUUCUAGAUGCUUUACUGGUUUCUUGUUUGUGCGCAUUACAGUAUUUAAUUGCAAAGAGUGCACCAAGGUGUCUGAAUUUAGACUAGACAGCUGUUCAGCUUUUUCUGUAGUAGCAUUAGCAACCCGGUCAUUUAACUACUUUAAAAUAUUUACAUUUUAUGGCAGGUAGCUAUAACAGUAUUUACAUAUAUUUCCUAGUCAGCAAGAUUUUCAUAUUUUUUCAACUUUUAAAAAUCACUUGUUUUUAAAGGCCUCUCAAAGCCCUGUUUCUAAGUCUUCCAUGUCAUGCUGAUAAAGAGAGAGGUCCAUUUAAAAUCUGCACAAACCAAUAUGUCAUUUACCAUAAAGUGUCCAUAUGUGUUUUGCUUUGCAUUCUUACUCAAAAGCUAACAAUCUUGGAAAGGAUAUAAUGUAUAUUUUCUUGAUGGAUAUAUUUAAAAUUUUACUUUGAUAUGGCAUAUUUCCCCCAUUCCUUUUGUAAUGUUUAUCUUCUCCAAAUGAAUAAGAGAUGCAUUUUCCUUUUUUUUUAAGCCUUAGACUUUAUUGUGUAAAUGAUACUAAAAUACAGAUAUAUGCUAAAUGAAAAGUUUUAUUUUUGCCAAGCAUAUCAAGCACCUUUGGAAAAUACAUAUUCUACAAGUACUUUGUUUUUAACUGAUUUCAUUUGAAAAUAGAAAAUGAUAAGCAGGAGAAAGAAGUCGUAUAAUAUUUUGAGGCUGUUUUAACUUGUAGUAUAAACCACAUAUUCUGUGAUUUUGGUAUAUGUAGUUUCAGAAUAUGUAAGUUACAUAUUCUGUCAUUUCAGUCAUUGAACAUGUAACCAUGUAGACUCAUGUGACGAUGUGGAAAUGUAGUCCUGGUAAAAAAGGAAUGCAACUUGUCAAUACUGAUGUUAAUUCUCAAGGCUAUAAUAUGACUUCAAUAUUAUACUCAACAAUGUGAUCUUGUUUACUCCAAUAUUUAAGGGAACGCUUAGCAAUGUUUAUAAAUGACUAAUGAUUCUCUCUUAUCUUUUUACAGUUCCAUUGGAAAGAAAAUUAAAAUUAUUAAUUUAGACUGAUAGUCUUUCCUAAUAAGAGAGUCUUAAUUAUGUGAUGAUACUUCAUUGCACUUAGUCCUAAAGGAAAUGAAUUUUUUAAAUAUAAAACAAAUUCUGAGCAAAUUAUUUGUUCCCUUGAAAUAAUUUGUCAGUUACUUUAUUUAUUAUUGUUGUUUGCAAAAUGUAUUUUUGGAAUGUUAACCUCUUUUCAUACCUGCAUACUUGAACUUGUCUGUUGUGUGGGGGCCUUAAAAUUCAUAAUAAGAGCUAGGGCAGUGAAAGGGAGGGAGAGACGAAAAUCAUGCCAGUAGUUGGUUUGCAAAUUUCAACUCUUUGAAUGAACAUAUCAUAAAAUGUUGUUGAGACCCAGGAUGUCAGUUAAGAAUAUUGCUAGGCAACCUUAUUUUGCAUGCUAGUAUAUUUUCUUAGUUAUACAAUUUUAUUUUGGUAUUUGCUAAGAAUAAAAACAAUAUAAUUCUACUAUAGAAUUUGCCCUAUAUAUUGAUAUUUAUACUACCUCUUCUCUACAGAAGACAAGCAGUCUUUAAAGAGAAAAAUACUUUUCAAUAAAUAGUGAUCAAAUUUAUUACUAUUACUGCUAAUCUUGCAGCAAAGCUAAAUACAUAAAUUGUUAAAAUAUACCUUCCCUUUAGAUUUUAAACUGUUUCCAAAAUGCUCUUGUCACCCUUUCAUUUCUUCCACAUUAGUGAAGUUUUCUUUGAAUAGGUUCACAAUUUAUUAGGAAGCAAGGUUAAUUUAAUAAGUCGUUCAUCAUAGGGAACAAAUCAAACUGCAGGGGAAUUAUCUUUGUGUGCAACUUGUUAUAACAUCCAGCUCUAAGUCUGAAAGAUAGUAGAUGCAGAUACUUGAUGUUUAAGUGCAGCUGGUUUGUAAAUUCAAACUUUGUUGAAGCUUGACUUCUCCUGCGGAUACUUAGGCAUUUACUGGGUAAGAAUAUACAUUCUCUUGAACUCCUAUGUCAUCAAAAAAAAUAUAUAAAAUAUUUCAAAUAAAUGGGAAUGUACCCCUUAUUUCUUUCCUAUUUCUGCCUUUGUCUUUCAUGACAAUAGUGCAUGUCAUUUUCUUUUUAAUUACAUAAAACUCAUAUUUGAAUAACUAUAUGAAUGGAAAACAUUAUAGGAAAUUAUGUAAUAAAAUUUGCUUUAUUAGCUCCAUAUACCUUUAAAUAUUGUUCAUACUAAGUUACUUACUCAAGCUGUGUCUGUAGGUCAGAAAACAGUCCGCUCUUUUAAAUGACAAUCAUGCUCACUGUCAAUACCACAGCUGUCAGACAACGAGGAUAACUGUUUUGUUCACUUAAAUGUCAAGUUAGUCAAAAUAGUAACAUUGGCUUACAUGGACAGACAGAGAGCUACAGCAUUCAAAAAUUACUUUUGAAAGGUUUCUUCUUUUCUUAAAACAUUCUCAAAUGAAAUACAUCCUCUUACAGCAGCUAUCUCUGUCUGCUUAUGGAUGAUUUAAUCCCAAAUGCUUCAUAUAAUCGAGGGACAUUAUGAGAAGACUAGGAAAUAUCUCAGCAGAUAAUCUUGACUAAGGGCUGUAACUCCCACUUACCAUGCAAAAAAUGUAUAAAUAAGUGAGUAGCAGUGAGUUUUGGGGAGUCAUAGUUACAUAUGAAACUUUCUUUUGUUUCUUUUGAUGUGUGUAAAAGGUGUGCAGAAAAUUGUAAAAAAAUGUUUCUAAUGAAUUUAGAGUGGUUUUGGAAAUACACUGAUGCUUCCUGUUUGAAAACUGUAAGGAUUUAAAAUGAGAACUAUUUAAGAACCAAAAGUAGCUGGACUCUAGCUUUCAAUACUUGGUAAGUGUUCUUGGUUACGUUUUGAACACUUACAUUUCUCAACAAAUGGCUAUGUCUAUAUUUAUGUAGGGGCCACUCUUGCCCUACUUGCAUGCCACUUUUACACACUUUUAACUGAAAUCAGUGUGCAUCUUGUAUGCACAAAGGAUGUAUUAAAGAUGCAGGAUUAUUAAUGCUACAUUGUUGCAUACUAUUUUUCAUAUGCCUUACAAUAUUUUCUCGGAUGUUAUUAAAAUGAAAGCAUUUUAUUCCCAAAAUAAAUCUAUGUUGUUACUUCUCAUCUGCAUUACACAGUAGAAAAAUAAUGUAGCAAAAACAUAUAUUGUACAGUAUAAAAUUAUAAAAGAUAUAUAUUUUGCCAAUAAUAUGAAAAUAGAUUGAGGAGAAAGAAGCACAUUUGUUAUAGCACAAACUUACAACAAUUCCACUGUUAAAAAUUGGCAGUUGUAUUUUUUAAAAGGAUAUAGAUUUAGUUCUAAGUUUUACCAGAUGUAUUUCAUUUAUCAUCUUUCUAACUUGCUGCUUAAUACUUUUCCAGCAAUUUGCUUCAGAGCCUUGCAAUCGAUGGAUGUAAUUUAUUAUACUUUAUUCCCUUCCAGAAACAUAUUAAAUUUUAUUUUGUGAUAAGAUUCGUACUAUAUUUACUGUUCUUAUUUAUUCUUCAAUCACAACUACAAAAUGUAACAGAGAGGUGAGCUCAUAGGGCUCCUCUGAAUUCUGGACAUGUUUGAAAUGUUUUCUGUUUUUCACAGCCUAAAGUCAGAAUGAUAAAUAAAAAUGUCCCAGCAACAAAGAAGUAUUUAGGGAUUCUUCAAUCUGUACUGAAUACUAUUUUGAAACAUAAGUUAAAGCCAUUAGCUGUUUGUGUGUGUGUUUUGUUUUUUUUAGGGGUGGCAGGAGGGAAAACAGAAACUUACAAAAACCACAAAUAAAAAUGGCAAUUGGAUAUAAAAUGAUGUUCCCUACUUUCCUGAGGGCUGUUGAUAUCCCAAACCACUGCUGUAUUGCCAGCUACAAAUUGGGGGGGGGCGGUGCGGGGGAAGAUUCCACCUUUGACAAGUAACUUUUUUUCUUUCUUUCAACAUUACCUAUUAUUUUGAUAAUUUGCCCCCUUUUAUUUUCUUAUAUAGGUGAAUGUGUAGCACUCUACAAGGCAUGCUGGGUAACAUAUACUAUGCAAAUGUGUACCGUGCUGCAUGUUUUGAUCUCCCUCUGCUCUAGUGGCUUUAAAGGAAAAAAAAUGUGUUGUUAUUUUUGUGAACCAAAACAUUUAACAGAGAAAAUGCAGAGUGCAUGCAUAUAGUAUCCUAAUUUCUAUGGAUUUGUUUUAUGGAAUUUCAAUGUGUACAAACCAACUGCAUUAAUUUUUUUCUUUUAUAUAAUAAAUGAAAAAAAACACUGAAACCAG